AUGGAGAAGAAAAAUGUGGUGCGUGUCGUAGACGCCUCAUCGCGUGGGAAGAAGCGUUCGAGAACAGAGAGCAACUCGUCUGACCAGCGGAGGCACAAGAGUCGGUUGUCGAGCAAAAGUCAGCCAGGGUCGUCCCGUGAAGCGUCACCGUACGACCUGUCGAGGCAGGGGUCGCGAAAGGACCGCGGCUCGACGUCGUCGACGACGACGACGGCGGCAGCGUCGACGGCCCACCGACGAGCGCGGGCGGACCAAAGCUACGACAUCGACAGCAUCGUGAUACCUUCCUACUCCAUGUGCUCCCUGAAGCCGACGAAAGUUGAAUACAAGGAGAUACCGACUCCGCGUUGGCGUCCCAUCACACCAGCUAGUCAGGCCUACCAGCAGACGUGGAGGAAUCAUUCGGAAGUUGCUAGUUCGAAGCGAGUAAUGCUGGACCAUCUGUUCGCCGUUCUUCACUUCAGCAGCGAGGAAGAGGAGCGGAGAAGGCUGAUGGGCACGACGGGUGCUGUGGCCCAAGGACGAGGUCGAGCACGCAAAAACACCGUCAAUGCCUCUUCGGGCACUUUAACGCCUGCUCGAGCCACGUCCCCGCUAAGCGUUGACCAGGGCAGCGAACAGAGUGGAGCGUUUAGCCCGUCGUUGUCGUCACCGCCUCCUACACCUCAGUCCAUGGACGCCAUUGCUGCCGAUUCGAGAGAUCUCUACACCUCGUCCAAGUCGUCCCUUCGUGGGAAGACGUUCGGUGCGCGGUCCGCGUCGAAAGACGAACACCUCCACUCUCCUGAGUCUUCCAGCUACUACGAACGUCGAAAGUUCCCGAUGUCGGAGUCGGAAUUCGCCUCCGUGUUGCACCGAGAGGCGGAAGACGGCGGCGAGCAUGGGAAGCGUGUUGUCGGCCAACGUGCGACGAAACCUCCGAUCAAGAGAUCAGCUGUGCUUGACGUGAGAUCUGAGUCAGAAAACGUCAGACUUCCGGCGGAAAGAACGUCGAGUCAGUUCGGUAAAAAAAUCACAAUUCGUUCGCAGAAGAGGCAGCUGACGGGGUUCCUAGAUGAAAAACGACUGAAUGGGAACUAA